GUUCAAGUGCAGGAAUUGUUAGCUGACGGGAGUUUGCAAAUUGUGUGAUAUGAAAAGGCAUCUGAUACUUACACAGGCUUGAACUUGGCAUAUUGGCUGGAUUUCAAAUUUAGUUGUGUUUUCGUGAAUAACGUUUUCCUUUGUUAUAGAACUUGAUCAGAUGAAACAUAGUGCAAACUAGUUCUAAGAAGAGUUCUCCCCUUUUGCUUAGCUCUAAACGGUAAGCAGUAUAGCGCUACGCGUGCUAAGAUGCAGGUUGUAAUCAUCUAUACUUUAGAAGGUAGGCUACUAUGUUCUAAUAAUGGUCCAAACAAUCAUUGUACACAAUUCCUUGUAAACUUGCUUUCCAUAUCAAGGAAAGGAGACAUACAACUAGAGAGCUAAAGCAAGUGGACUGUGGUCAAAUCAAAAACUACCAUUUACAUCGGACCACCAGCAACUAGUGUAGUUGCCAACUGCCGAGCACGGCCGUAAAAGUAACCAUGGGAAAGAACCUACCUUGAUAUCUUUUUUAGGACUCCCCAUAUCCAUGACGAAGAUUCUCUUUAACAUUAUUCUUUCUUCUUUCUCCUUACAUAGCCUGUAUCAACAAUUUGGGGGUUAUUUCUUCUCAUUUAGCAGUGGUGAAAUCAAGCUGAAGUUUUGUACAGCUGAAAUGGGAACUGCAGUUACUUCACUGUUAGACGUUGAAGAUUACCUCAAAUCAUUAAAGUAUAAAUUCACUCAAGCAGAAGCGGACGCCUUAGAAAGUGUUAAAGGGAAGUUGUUUAGGAAUUUUUUUCUUGGUGCUGGUGCUGCUACCGCUGCUGUAUGGGCAGCUACAAGAAGAUUUGGGUGGGGACAUAGAGUCAAUCUUGCUGGAGGAGCUGGUAUUUUUUCCGGGUUCAUUGUAUUUAGGAAGUCUUUUGAUUCAGUCCCGGAAUCGAUUCUUUCGCUGGAAGGUAGUCGCCUGCAAUCAGAGUUUGCAAAAAUAUUGUUGAUAAAGCAUGGUGAUAAUCCUCGGACAAUGCAAGUGAUUGAGAAAUAUUUCUACAAAGAACACGUUUAUGAUGAUUCAACUGUUGAUAGCACAAUUGCAAGAUGGCGUCAUCGAAGUUUCUUUGGUGAAAAUUCUGCUCCGGGUCAAAGAAAACAUGACGAUGCCUAUGGUGCAGAUGCUGGUAGCGAACAUAAACAAGUUGUAGACCCUACACCUUCUCCUAUAACGGCUAUAACUUCGAGAUCCAGUGUUGAAGUGUCUGCAGACCCUUUUGAUUGCUUAUUUGGGUAUUCAGAGACACUUGAAGAGAAAUCUCAAUCUUAUAUUUCCCCUGAGGUUCCACCUAAAAGACGUACUCGCAGCCACAAAAAAACAGCUCGGCGUCAUCGGAAACGCCAUUCUGAACAUGAGCAAGCUGAAUCAGAGCGACGUUGAAUUACAAGGAGGCAACAAGCAGCAUAAUCCCAAGUAUAUGUGAAGGGAAACAUCUGACGUAGGAUAUCCUAUAUCCACAACUAAUGAUCGUUAUUAGGCUUUAUUUAGUUCAUUGUAAAUUGUUGCAAUUCCUAUACGCUAAAUGAGGUUGGUAGUAGAUGAAAAGUGUAAGUAUCGCAUUAGGAGGACAUCUGAUCCAAUAUAACCAGAAUUUUAGAAAAUGAGAUUCAACGGAAGUUUUACGUGCCCAAUAAAUCUUUGAUUCCUUCUAUAAUCUUGCUUCA